AGGUGGUUUAUUGCUAGAGCUCCUGAUAUGCAUGAUGACGAGGGGGGUCAAUCGAGUUUACUAGGCUUUCUGGAUGACGGGAUCGCUUUAUAUCCCCACGCACUCCCGGGGGCGCGCAUACGUAGCGUAUAUGCUUCUUUAAGUGUUUUGCUGUAAUUUGAUUCCCAUCGGAGAACUAUGCCCUGCUGUAACCUCUCCCAACGCUCUGCUACGAUGUAAUUGAACAUCAGCUAUGACACACAUCAGUAACUUUAGGAAAACCCGCUCGUUUACUUCAUGACAUAGGCUAGUGUACUACGCUCUCAAGUGUAACAGAGUGGACAACUGUGUCGGAGAGGUUAACUAAAUAUUUUUCCCAUGUUCAAAAAGACGCAUAGAUCAUGAACGUUAUUCGUUUUUUUGUGACAUGGUAUAGAGCAGUUUAUUGCGAUCUCUACUAUCGCUUUGCUGAACAGGGUGACUGAGUGACAAACUUUUCCCCCACCGAUUUUACCCAUGAGAGAAGGAAGAGGCGCUUGAUCUGUGGCAACAGAAGCUAAAUCAGUGGAAACGCUCUGAAACAAUCAAUCAAGACUCUGAGACUGCACCAGUGAGACAGCCGGGCCUGUCAGCCAUGGAUCCCUUCAGCCAGCUGAUCCUCACCAUCGCCGUGCUGAGUUUCCUCACAUUCCAAUGGCUGUUCCACAGCGUCAGCCCCUGGGUGUCAGGCCGGGUCAGUUCCGGUUUCCUGGGACUCAGCCCCCAGCAGAAGAUCGAGUGGAACUCCAGGACCGUGUCCACAUUUCAUGCCUUAAUAGUGGGAGUCUUCUGUUUCUACAUACUUCUCUUUGAUGAUGCCAUCAAUCAGGAUCCUGUGUGGGGAGAUGCCACACUGGUGAAAAUCAAUGUGGGCAUAACCACAGGCUACCUCAUUUCGGAUCUGCUGCUCAUAUUUUACUACUGGUCGGCCAUAGGGGAUAGGUACUUUGUAGUGCACCACCUGGCCGCGUUGUAUGCUUACUACUACGUACUGGUCAAAGGGAUGCUACCUUAUUUUGCUAACUUCCGUCUGCUUGCAGAGUUCUCCACUCCCUGUGUGAACCAGCGCUGGUUCUUUGAGGCGCUGGGUUACCCCAAGUCCUCCAAGCCCAAUCUGGCCAACGGCGUGCUGAUGGCUCUCACAUUCUUCCUAGUGAGGAUUGUAGUGAUGCCCGUCUACUACGGCCGUAUGUACCUCAUCUACGGCACACAGGCCUUCUAUAGGGUAUCCUGGGGUGGCCGGCUGGCCUGGAUCUUCUCCAGCUUCUGCCUGGAUGUCAUGAACCUCAUGUGGAUGCACAAGAUUGCACGUGGGUGCUACAAGGUGCUGCGCUCCAGCAGGGGGCCCAGGGCCCCCGUGCAGAACAGCAGGAAGGCAGACUGAGGAGGCACGGUGCCAAGGCAGAGCUCUUACUCACUGACCUGCAGCUGUGUGAUGGGUGCAAAGCCACACCCGUCCCCCAUGGUCUGUAAUAGAUGCGAGAAAGGGCAGUGUCACAGAGCAGUGCAUUGCAUUGAUCAAAACUCACCUGCCUUCCUAAGAGCUUUCUCUGCUGCACUGGCAGAGAAAUAUCCUAAGACUAAUAUCCUCCUGUGCUGGUUCAUCCUGCCAGCUGUUUGCUAGGGGAACUCCACCGCCAUCAUGUGGUCUCUCACACGAUUUAGUAGUAGUGAUGCACAAAUUCAAACUGCAAUGUGAACACUCUGGACAUAGUGGAUGGUGGAACUUACGGUUACCUCAUGGUUGUGACUGGCAUCGUGAAAUGGUGAGGAAUCUUUGGUAAAUGGAAUGGUUAUUUUAACCCUAUCCAUAGAGCUACCUGCUAGACCCUUACACAGCAGAUGGUAUGUGAUUUCUGAACUGAAGAGACACUCUCACUAAUAUCAAAAAACAAACGGCUUACCUUUGGGUACACAGGACAUUUUGGAGAGAGCCAGGACAUGGCAGUCUACUUUUUAAUGCCCACUGAUUUGUGUACCCUAGUGGGCAAAGUUGGUAUUGAGCACAAUAAAAAAAAAAUCGAGAGAACCGAGUGUGUACUGCAGUCCAUUACUCAAGACUCAAGAAACCUAACCAAAGAAACCUGGAAGCUCCCACUUAUGUGUUUUUAACAGGAGGGAUCAGUCCAGUUCCUCACUCUUUGGAUAUGAGGAAAAUCUCUGAUGGGCUUCUCAAAAUCAUUUGUAUCUAUACGUGUGUAUGUUUCAAUAUAUAAGAAACUUCCAUCAGACAACAGUGCAUUUUGUUCCCAGAUCUGAUGUUCAGACAUUUUAAUUUGCAUAUCAUUUGUUUCUUUUACUGUGAAAGUAUUAAAGAAGUGCACUUACGCCUGA